AUGUCCACUUUGUCUGCCUCCUAUCCAAGCGCUUCCCAGGGGAAUCUGACCAGAAAUAGAGAAAGCAGGUCUUCCUCACUUGAAGCCUUCACAGGGACACAGGACUUUCAGAGCCAUGAUAGCUCAUCCCCAUGCCAUGACCCCAUAGCCAUCCACCAGCCUGAUUCAGAGGAUACCACUACUGCACAUUCCAAAUCAGAGGGUAACAGAGCUUCUGCCCCUCAACCAGAAAUAGCAGUUGUGCUAAAGGAGACUGGGCACACAAAUGUCACAACACCGGUCUCUCCUUCUGCAAUCUACUACUCAGGGACUGCUCAAACCAGCAUGAAAAAAAGUUUCCACAUGAAGAAAACUACCCCAGAGACAGAGACAUUCCCUGGGUGGCAAGCCCCAAGCCAGGCACCAUAUGUGCCACAGCCUUUGGAAUUCCUUGAGUCCUGCAGUAGCAGAAGUACUCACUUUCUAGAGAACAUUUCAAUAGCUGAGAUUGAGAAUGUAUCACAGAGAGCUUCAUUGCAGAUUUCCAUUCACCUCUUGGCCUUGGAUACAAACCAAGAACAACCGGAGAACUAUGAUGGAAUGAGAAGCAAGCUUUCAAUGUCUCUGGAUUCCCACCAGAUUAUCAUGGAAAACCUCGGAUAGCUUCUACUCUCCUUAGCUAUCCCGGACCCCUUGGAUUUGUCCUGCCUUGAGCCUCCAAGCCAAGAAAAGCCUGGUUCUGAAGAAGUCUUCUGGGGAGAUCUUGACCAGUUCCAGCAUCCAGUAGCCAUCAAAACCCAAGACACUGGAGUCAUCGAGGUGAAUCAGGUUCAGGAGAACUCAAGGGUCACUAAAGGUUCCUUGCCUCCAUUGAGGAAGAACAAACAGAAAUCCUCCUGGCCAAUCACUGGAGCUCCUGAGGCUGAAAUCUAGCUGAAGGACCCUGAGAGCCUGUUAAGGGGAGAAGAGCUCAUUCUCAGUGCAGAGGCCAUUGACAGGGAACAAGAGAAACAGAGGAAAAAAAGCAAGAAAAUGACAGAGAGGAAGCAGCUGGGGCCCAAACUCAUGGGUGAAGAAAAGCCAAGCAUUCCCAACUUGAAGCUCAAGACACACCGACCCGCACUUGGCCAAGAGGCCUUCAAAAUGCCUCCCACCUUCCUAGGCAAGCACAUGCUGGAGUCUGAGCAGGUUUUUCACCCCCUAGGGAAUAAGACUGAGAAGAGAGCUGGGAACUUUUUAUAUGGGGCUCAGAGAACACCAACCAGCAGCAAAGACUCCAAGUCAUUGCCAGCAACCAAACCAUGGCAGGAAGCCCCACGGAAGAGAAAGGGGCCUGAGAGUGCUCCAGAAAGAUCCCAGAACCAGCACAUCCGUGCUGAAACAGAGGAUUCAUCUGCAUCCCUGUGUGAGCUCCCAUCACCUGGGAAGGUGAAGAUAAUACCUUUGAGCUUUCCAACUCCAGAAAAGUCUCAGGCAAGACCUGUUUCUAGAAGGGCACAGCAUCCAGCCUCACGGAGACCCACUGCAGCUUAUCCUGCUGCUUACCCUGCUGCUGCUGAUGGCAGAGCUCAACCUUCCCAAUUAGCAGCUGCCCACACCUCUCUGCUGGGUCCUGGAAAACCAGUUCGGCCAGCCCUGGGAAGUGCCAAUCAGCCACGCUGGACCACUUCAAAACAGCCUGGGCUUUCUCAGUGUGCAAUAUCUAAGCCUGCACCCCAGGACAUAGCACCUUCUGCUUCUCUCAGAAGGGGGCUUGUUGCCACUGCAGUGACCAAGCACAAGCCCCUGCCUCAGCCACAACAUCCAUUUCUCCUCCAAGACUUCAGCCACCAACCCAUUCCCUGGAGGGAACCCAACGUGCCUCUGCCCUUCAUGUCCCGCCCCAUCAGGGCAGAACAGAGGCCAGAGCGCGAAGCCCUGAAGAGGCAGGCUCAGCAAGGGCGCGAGGUGGCCGCGAAAUGCACCUCCUUUGGGAAGCUGCAGUUCUUCAGGCAGAGGGAGGAAGACAGGGAAAUUGCCCAGUACUACGGGUAUGCAAGGUGA